AUGUUAUCGGAAAUAAAAAGAUUUAAAUCUCAUCAAGAUAAAGUUUGGUCUGUUGCGUUUAAUCCUGCGACCAAUUUAUUAGCUUCAUCGUCUGGUGAUCAUCAAGUACAUCUUUACGCUUAUCUGAACGAGUCAUGGACACAAGUCGCUAGCUUGCCACAGGAGCAUAAGAGGACUGUUAGAGCUUUGGCUUGGUCACCUAAUGGCUCUUACCUCGCAACCGCCUCUUUUGACGCAUCCGUUGGUAUUUGGGAGAAAGAAGACCAUGUACACGACAAUUGGUCUUGCACUUCAGUCUUAGAAGGCCACGAGAGUGAAUGCAAGUCUGUUGCCUUCAAUAACUCGUCUACUUUGCUCGCUUCAAGCUCACGAGACAAAUCAGUUUGGAUUUGGGAAGUUACAUCUGGUAAUGAACCUGAGUGCGUUAGUGUUCUAAUGGAGCACACUCAAGAUGUUAAGCACGUCACUUUCCACCCUCACUCGGAUGAACUGUUGGCAAGUGCUAGCUAUGAUGAUACCAUCAAUAUCUACAAGGACGAUCCUUCCGAUGAUUGGUAUGUUAGUUCACGCUUUAAGAAGCACUCUUCCACCGUCUGGGCAUGCGAAUGGUCACCUAGCGGUCACCACUUGGUUAGUGUUAGUGACGAUUUGAGUAUAAUUGCUUGGAAUGAUGCUGGUGUACCCACCGCCAUUCUAAAUAACGCUCACAAGCGUUCUAUAUAUACCAUCGUCUGGCUGGAUGAAAAUUAUAUCGCUACUGGCGGUGCAGACGGAACUUUAUCACUAUGGAAACUUGGAUAUAGCGAUGGCGUGAUUACGAAGCUGGUUUUAGUUGAAUCAAUAGACAAAGCACACGGAGGUGCGGAUAUAAACAGCUUGGCCUACACGCCGAAAACCAAGACUCUAGCCAGCGCAGGAGACGAUGGAAGUGUGAAUCUGUACGACUACAAAUCAGAGUAA